CAUUCACAUAGAAGGUACCUAAGUACAAAGGUACUCACAUUGUCGCACGUGAUAACGAGUUUCUUUCGCGUUCUCAACACGCUUCAAGCCUCAAGCUUCUUGCAUCAUCCCCACCCCACUAGGUGCUCGUCUAGGCCUCUAUCUGUAACCACUUUAAAUCUGCAUCACGGAUUCGUCCAUGUCUUCAACCUGGUCUUAAGUCAAUCAUGUGGCUUUUAGAGAACGAAGGCGAAGCCCUUGACGGUAAGCGGCUUUGGCUGCGACCCGGAAAGCGCUACCUCUUUGGCCGAACUGUCGCUGAACCUGGCCAGCUGGCCAUCAAAGGAGAAGGGGCCGAGAGAGUAUCGCGCAAACACGUUACCAUCCAAGUUGACGAGGUAGCCGAAGGUGAUGGGGAAAUCGUUUCGAAGCGCUCACGUAUUACGGUCCAAGACCUAGGCUCUAAGGGUGGGACAUGGAUAAACAACGAGAAGGUCAAGGGCGAAAAACGCAUCCUUUCACAGGAUGUUAAUGUACUUCAAAUGGGCUCGUUCACAUCAAAGUUUCGCAUCACCUGGUUUCCUGUCGUAUUGAGCUUCUCCUUCACUGCCAAAGAAAUCCAAGCAAACCCCUUAUCAAAGCUGCGAGAAGACCUCGAGCAACUUGAUAUCAAGUUUCUUGCUGACUACGACCAAUCCACCACGCAUGUAGUAUCGAGAAAAAGGAACAUGCCAAAGACAUUACAAGCCCUUGUUAAUGGUCGCUACAUCGUUACCUCGGAAUUUUAUGAUACCAUUAUUACUGCUGCAACAUCCGAAGAUGCUGGUGAUGGCGUGGCCACAAGUGCAUUGGAGGCCGACUUCGACGCAAAUUGGCCGGACGCCAUGCAAUUUGUACCACCACCCGGCGACGAAGCGGUGCCUAGGCCAGUAGAAGCCUUCGCUCCUAAUCCCAGCCGUGCUGAUAUUUUCCAUGGCUAUACAUUCAUAUUCUACAAUCAGAAACAAUACGAUAACCUAUUAGGUCCCAUAACUAAUGGUGGAGGCAAAGCAUUGCUCAACGAAGCUAUCGAGGGAAAGACGAAUAUCGAUGCCUUCAUGAGGUACGUGAAAGAAGUCGCAGGGGAGAAAGGCUUAGGGGAGUUCGAAGAUGGGAGUGAAGGUAAAGGAGUCGUCGUGGUUAGAUGGAUUCCUGAUCCUCCUAGGGAAUGGUUUAACAACUUUUACCGAUCGGUGUCUCAGAGACUAGACCAACGACUCAUUGAACAAAAGGAAUUCCUCGAUGCUAUCCUCAAUAAUGAUGCCAGUGGUUUGCGGCGACCUCUCCAGGCUGAAACAGCACCUCGCGCACCACAAGCCGAAUCACAACCUCCAACGACAGUGGAAGCCAUGGAAGUAGAUGAGCACGGACCUUCAGCCCAGCAGCAAAAUCCUCCACCACGAAGACGGUCAAGAGGACCCGUUAGAAGUCGUUUUAAAGGUUUCGACGUAGAUCUGGAAGAUGACGACCUCCCAGACGCUGCUCCGGUUGCCUUUGCACCACCUACAGCAAACGUGGAAUCGUCACAAGAAGGUCUUUUCGUAUCGCAAGAUGUUGCGCCAGAAGAACCAGAGGAGCCUAUUCCUGCUACUAGAGAAUCGCAGCGAAAGCGCCGUGCUCCAGCACCACCUGAGUCGCAGGAUAUAAUAGACGACUUUGCACCUACAGCAGCGCAGGUCAAACGUCGCCGCAUUGCUGCUGGAGAAGACCCCUUACCUCGACAACCAACGCCGGAGACUCCUUCUGUAACAGAAUCACAGAAACCUAAAGCUAAGACUCCAAAGGUCAAAAAAGAGAUCGACGUACUAGAUCUAGCGCGGCAGAACCGGGAAGAGGCCGAAGCUCGAGCGAAAGCCGAGAGAGAUGAACUUGCUAUGGUACCAGAGGACCUUGAUUUAGCAGAGAUACGCCGCUUGCAUAUCGAGGCACCGAUGGAAGUGCGACAAGUACCGACUGUGCGCACACGGGAACAGGACAUAGCUGAUGGUCGCUGGGAUCCCGCAUGGAACGGACGGAAGAAUUUUAAGAAGUUCCGGCAAAGAGGUGCUCCGCUAGGACGAGCGCCUCAGAAAAUUAUAGUGGCACUUGAAGAAGUCAAGACAAAAGGCUUUGGCAUUGGCGAUGAUUACUGGCUAGAAGACGAGAGCCAACAACGGAAGAGAAAGAGACGGAGCCAGACACAUAGCCAGAGUACAGGUGACAAGGAAAGCACAAAUGGGCGCGUAAAUGAGCCGGAACAGCAGAAGCAGAAGCAGAAACUGCCUCCUGAGAUUCUUCCUGCAGUUGAUAGUAGUGACGAUGAGGACCAUGCGGACCGUGAUAUGGACGACGAAGAGGAGGAUGUUGUCAUAGCUCCUGCGCCAAAGGCACGACCAACUAGGGCCUCACAACAGACACCACAGUCACGAUCGCAGUCAACUCGGACAACAUCACAGGGCACAUCUGCAAAAACGCAAUCCUCGAGAAUAUCCAAACGUCCAGCCCCGCCUGCUAAGGAGCAACCGGCGAAGAGAUCUCGGCUUGGACUUGUCGCCGAUAGUGAUGACGAGAGCGAUGACGGACUACGCUUCAGGUUUGGGAAGAGAUAAUGGAUUUAUUAGCUCGAUAUAUGACAUUCGUCUUUUGUCGGAGGACUUGAUUCUAUGCGGGUAUCUCCUUUAUAUACCUAACUCCUGGCCUUGCCACGAGUAAUCCAUGAAAGUAAUGAAACCACCCUAAUUAUCCUGACCGAUUGCGAAAAAU